AUGCCAUACAAGGUAGAUAUAGAUGAAGCAGAUGUAGCAGUACUAAAUCAAAACCUAAUAAGAUCAAAAGAAUUAUUUGAAAAUAUAAAUAAAUCAUUAUCUAAAAUAUCCACCAGCACUAAAACAGCUCAUGCUACAAUUAAACCCAUAUUAAACAAAGUCAACAACUUAUCCUCGCAAAAAGUGGAGAUUAACAAAGGAUUAAGUUUAUUAUCUGAAAUCAAUGAAAAUGUAGAAACCAUUAAGAAAUAUGAAACUUUACUAAACAACUCAGUUGAAGUAAUUGGAUUACAGAAAUAUAUCAUCAAUUUGAAUUCAGCUAGACAACUAUUCAAUCAAAUCAGAAACAAAUUCAAAAAUUUCAAAGGUAUAAUUCUCAAUUUCGAAAAUGUAUUACAUAGAUCAGAUGCAAAAGUAUUAACGUACAUUGACUCCAUUUUAAACUUGGAUAGUACCAAAUUAAUAGCUAGAAAAUUAGAUAUAAAAAUAAUUUGGGAUUAUUUUGCAAGUCAAAAAAAUGAAAUAUUCAUAAAUGAAAAAUAUAUAAAAGAAAGAGGUAAUAAAAUUGUAACAAAGACAAAAAUAAUGGAAAAAGAUUUAAAUCCUACAUUCAUAGAUGGACAAUUUGAAAAAAAUCAAUUUGGAUAUAAUGGUUAUACUAAUUCUAUUGAAGAAAUUAUAAGACAAGAAAGUAGUAUAUUAAAUCAAUGUUCUUUACCCUUUGAUUUAAUUGAUGGUAUACUGAAUUAUGCAAUAAAUGAAUAUAAUAAAGUUAUUAUAUCUUUUUCAAAUCAAAUUAAUAAUAAUACUAAGGAAAUAAAUAAUUUGAUCAUUUUAGAAAUUAUAGAUAAUAUAAUUAGACUUGAAUAUCAAUUGAAAAAUAAAUUUAAUAUUAAUAAUAUAAAAUUCAUAUCAAUAGUCAAUAAUUUUAUAUUAAGUUCUUCAACAAUAUUUGCGAAAUUCAUAAGAAGUAUAGAAUUUAAAUUUCAAAAUUUAACAAUGUAUAAUGAAUCAAAUACUCAUCAAUUAACAGCAGAUUUUUUAAAUAUAGCAAGAAGAAUGUGUGAAUUUAGACAAUCUUUAUUAAAAUUAAUCUUAAAUUUAAAACCAGGUGAAUGGAUUCAAGGUAAUCCUCCAUUGAAUUAUAUUUCCGUAUUCACAUCAAUUUUACCAAAUUCAAAUAAUGAUACAUCAGCAGAUUAUUUAUUAUCUUCAUAUUUUUCAGAUAUAAUUGAUUGUAUAAUCAUUAAUAUUGAAAUGGGAUUAAAGAAACAACCAGGAGGUAAUGACCAGAGUCAAAAAAGAUCAAGUCAAGGGUUCUUGUUAUUACGUAAUUUACAUUUAAUUGAAAGUAUUAUAAAUAGAUCACAAGAUUUACAUAAAGUAUUGGGACCGAUUGGACAAGAUAGAAUCACCAAACUCAAGAACAGAUGUUUAAAAUCAUUCUUAGAAGAUUGGAACAAUGCAUCAUAUAUAGUCAUUGAAAGAAUGGCACAAAUACAAGCACAAAUCCAAUUAAAUAAUCCAAAUGCAAAUCCAAUUCCAAUGGUCUCUAAUAUAACAAAUCCAAAUAUGUCAAUGAAUUCAUUAAAUACAAAUACCACCACCAAUACAAUAACUGAGACUAACCUAUCUAACAAAGAUAAAGAGCAAAUUAAAGAAACUUUUAAAAGAUUUAAUGAUGCAUUCGAUGAAGCUUUAACAAAUUAUUCAAAAUUUAAUUUUGGUGAUCAAAAUUUGAAAAAAUAUUUAGGUAAUGAAAUUAAAAAAUUAAUAUUAAAUGCUUAUUCUAAAUUAUAUGAUAAGUAUGGUUUAUCUGAUUUUACUAAAAAUAAAUCAAAAUAUGUUAAAUAUGAUAAAUUACAAAUGGAACGUCUACUAAAUGAAAGAUUAUACUAA